AUGGAGAUGUAUUCCAACAACAUGCAAGGUUGGUCUUUUUUCUUCUAUCUCUGCAUGUGUGGGGCAAUAUGUGAGUCUUUGCACUAUUCAGUGCCUGAAGAAAAGAAAACAGGGUCUUUGGUGGCAAAUGUGCUGAGAGAUUUGAAAGUGGAUGUGAAGGGGCUUUCUGCUCGCAGGGCCCGGCUGGUUUCUGAAGGCACCAAGCCAUAUUUCCAGCUGGAUCCUCACUCUGGGGAUGUGAUUUUACAGGAUAGAAUAGACAGGGAAGCUCUGUGUGGACAGAAAGACCCUUGCUUCUUACUCUCAGAGCUUGUGCUGGAAAACCCCUUGCGAGUGCACAGAAUGGAAGUUGAAAUAGAGGAUGUGAAUGACAACUCCCCCCAGUUCUUUAAAAAGGAAUUCCUUUUUGAGAUACCUGAGCAGACUCCCAUAAAUACUCGAUUCCCUUUGGAGAGUGCUGAAGAUUCAGACAGAGGAGAAAAUGCUGUUCAGAAUUACACACUUAGUCCAAAUGACCAUUUUAGGUUGAAUGAGCAAAGCCACAAUGAUGGAACCAAAUUUGCAGAAUUAGUAUUGGAGAAACAAUUAGAUCAUGAAAAGGAAACACGUCUUUUCCUGAUUCUGUCUGCUGUUGAUGGAGGGAUCCCGAAGAGAACAGGCACAGCCCAAAUUAUUAUUGAAGUGUUGGAUUCAAAUGAUAACGUUCCUCAUUUUGAUAAAAGUGAAUACAAAGUGAAAUUAAUGGAAAAUAGCCAGCCUGGUUCACCUGUAGCCCAAAUGGAAGCAACUGACCGAGAUUUUGGUUCCAACGCAGAAAUCACUUAUUCCUUCAGCCAGGUGCCAGAUAAUAUACAAAGAAUAUUUAACUUAAACAAAUAUACUGGGGAACUUACUGUAGCAGAGAACAUUGAUUAUGAAAUAAAUCAAAAUUAUGCAAUCAACAUCAAAGCCACGGAUGGAGGGGGGCUCUCUGCUUACUGCAAAGUCAUUGUGGAGGUUGAGGACAGAAACGACAAUGCCCCAGAGGUGACCCUCACAUCCCUCACCAGCCCCCUGCCGGAAGAUUCUCCCCCGGAUACGGUGGUGGCCCUUUUCCGUGUCACAGAUCGAGACUCUGGAGACAACGGCAGAACCGCCUGCACUACUGAGGCAAACCUGCCCUUUGUGUUAAAAUCAUCUGGAAAUAAUUAUUACCAGCUGGUGACCCAGCAACCCCUCGACAGAGAAAGAGCAUCAGAGUACAACAUCACAAUCACGGCUACAGACCGGGGCUCCCCCAGGCUCUCGUCAUCAAGAAUAUUUAAUAUUCAAAUCUCAGAUAUCAAUGACAAUGCUCCAGUAUUUGAAAAGUCAUUGUAUGAUAUGCAAUUAUGGGAAAACAAUAUUCCAGGUCUGCUCAUAGGAUUAGUGCAUGCCAAGGACCCGGACAUGGCACAGAAUGCCAGAGUGACGUAUUCGCUUCUGCCUGGGAAGGUCAGUGGUCAACCCGUGUCUUCUUAUGUCUCCAUCAACUCUGAAACUGGGAAUCUCUAUGCCAUUCGAUCUCUGGACUAUGAGCAGAUAAAAAAUUUCCAGGUGUCUGUGAGGGCUGUGGACAGCGGCUCUCCUCCCCUGAGCUCCGAAGUUAAGGUUCAAGUUGUCAUUGUGGAUGAAAAUGAUAAUGCCCCCUUCAUCCUGUACCCUCUUCAGAAUGGCACUUCCCCAUCCAACGACCUGGUUCCCAGAGGGGCAGAGGCUGGCUACCUGGUCACCAAGGUGGUGGCGGUGGACAGAGAUUCUGGCCAGAACUCUUGGCUUUCCUAUGAGCUCCUGAAGGCCACAGAACCGGGUCUGUUCAGUGUGGGGGCCCAGAAUGGAGAAGUGAAAACCAUGAGACCAAUUAACCAACGAGAUGCCUUCAGACAGAAACUUAUCAUUGGAGUGAGAGACAACGGGCACCCUCCCCAGUCCACCUCUGCAACACUAAGCAUUCUGCUAGUGGAUGGCUUUUCUGACCCUUACAUGAAAAUGGUGGAUAUCCCGAAGGAUGAAGUGGCAGUGGAGGAAGACCGCAGCCUGACUCUGUAUCUGGUCAUAUGCCUCGCUGCCAUUUCGUUCAUUUUUCUUGUUUCUGUAACUGUGUUUAUUGCCAUUACGAUUCAGAAAAGGAGAAAGUUCAUGGAUAUGUCAACCCUGAAUUUCCCCGGGGGACCGAAUUUCCAGGAGAACUGUGGAGAUACUUGCGCUGGAACGCUUUCUCGGGCUUACAACUAUGAGGUGUGCUUAGCCGGUGGGUCUCUGAGCAGCGAGUUCAAGUUCCUACGUCCUCUCUUUCCUGUGUUUUCUGUGGAGCCUGCUCAAAAUCAGGGGAAUUCAAGAAUUUCAUCUGCUUCUCAGGACGUUCCCAGUCAUCAAGAAGAAAAUCAACUCAUAAAUCAGGUGACAUUAUAA